AUGCGAUACUGGGCUGAUAAAUCUUGUAUACCGCCCGUUCUCACACAAGAUUUAUUAAAUGAGACAAUUUUUUUCGAUUUACCACUUCUUUCAAAUAAUUUAAUAGAAAUUCUCAAUACAUCAAUUGAGAAAGGCAGUACAUUCAUCAAAUCGCUGAGUCAAAUCGGUUUUAAUGCUAUUAUUCCUGACAUUACUAUUAAUAAAAUCACAGAAAGGUUUAAUCAACCAGAAAUAAGCGAAUCAUCAGUUGUGUGUUUGUUUUUCCUUGUUAUUUGCAUACUAACCAUCUAUUCAAAUCAAGAUUCUCUGAAUAAAUUAACGAAAUUGUUCAAUCUUCUUAACAAAAUCACAAAAACUUCUUACCAAAAUGCAUUUGAUGAACUACUGAUUUCAAUUUGCGAGUUAAUUUCAAAUGAAAACAAUAAUUAUUUUAAUACAGAGUUAUUCACGUUAAUUAUUCAACAACUAUACAUAAAUAAAACACUAGGCAAGAGAAUAGCGCGUAUUCUUAUUCAACUUGGCCAAAAAAUCCAUUCUACAGAUGAUUCUGUUUCAAUCAACAAUUAUCUAUGUUUUUUAGACAGUACUUUGAAAGAAAACAAGAACAAAUUUACAUCUGAAGAGAUGUCAGCCAUUCUUACAAUGUCAGAACCUUCAUUUAUCAAUUUAAAUCCAAUUGCAAUUUCGAUCUUCGCGAAUUCGUCUCAAAUUGAGAUGAAUAAAGUCAUUGUUCGAAACUUUACCAUGAUGGACCAUUUUGUCAUCCAAAAAAUCCGAAAAUCGAAGACAAAAUUGACAAAUGAAGAUUUCAUAACAAUUCUUCCAUUUGACAACUCCAGAUUUGUCGAGCAACAAAAGAAUGGUGAUGGUUUCCCUAUUCCACCUCAAUCUUCCGUUGGAGCUGAUAAUCGAAACGUACAUAACUCGUUUAGUUGGACAUUCGAAGGUACAAUCAACCAAAUAAAGAACUCCAUUGACAACGCGAGCAUCGAAGUCCUCAAUAUCAUAUCACAAACGAUGUUUGUUACUUGUCAACAUUCAAAGUGUACGGAAAUGUACCCUGAUUUCAUUGUAUACAUAAUCUCAAUGCUGACGAUCAUCUCAAAAAGGGUAAAUGUCACUGAAAAAUUUUUGAAUAUUAUUUUUGAUGAUUUUAUUUUCAAUCAUAACUGUACAAUAUUCCAUGGUGAGCUAAGGGAAUGCCAACAGUUCGUUAGGAACAACGCGAUUCAAAUAGCAGAUAACGAAAAACUGCUACAUUUAGUUAUUCAAAAUAUAUCUCACGAUCCGUUGCUUCUUUCGGAGAUUUUGACGAGAAUAUUGUAUAUAUUGAACUCUAGCAGUGUUCAAUUGCUCAAAAACAGCGGAAUUGAGUCAUUAAUUGUUGGUGGAUUAUUAAUGGAUCCGAAAAACCUGCCAAGUUGCAUCAGCUUGAACAUAACAAGAGGUGUUCCAUUGGAAUUCCUUUUUGACAUCUUAAAUGAUGACCAAGCCCUUCAAACUGUUUUUCAUUCGAAAAAAAUGCUCUCAGUUAUACUUUCUUUAGCUUUUGAGGCUGAUAUUAUCAACUCUAUUGUGAGUAUUAUAUCCAGAGCUAUCCAGAAUUCACAAGAUCUCCCUGAAUCCUUUCUAAAUUUUGAAAGGUCUUUAUUUUCAUCGUAUGUACUUGAUAACAUAUACCAAAAUGAAUCAAUUUUAUUCCUCAAUGCUACAUUGAAGGCAAUUCUUCAAAAUGCCAUCGUAGCAAUUUAUUUUGAUCCAUUAAUCGACGAAGCGAUACAAAUUGCUAUGAAACAGCCAUCGGCAGAGCUUCUUAAUAUGAUAUUGUCGGUCUGUACCCUUAUUUGCCAGUCAAAAAAGUUUAAUAUCGACGAUCGUUUCGAACCUUUAGUCAAAUUGUUCAAAAUCGUGUAUCAAGAGGACCCGCCUGAGUCAAUGAUCGGAAAGUUCUUAUGCAUGAUGAACAAAAGUAUUAAUACAGCUCAAUCUGACAAUUUCAAUAUUUCAGAACCACAGUUCAUAUCACUUUUCUUUGUCACUUUUUGUAAGUCACCUUUUUUCAAAAAAGUUUUAGAAAUUUUUUUAGGAUUAUGUCAGUAUUCAGAGCACAACUGCUAUGCAUGUCAUUUAAGUGAGAUCGAUGUAUUGAUUUCGAGGGGUUUAGUUGGUCCUUUCACGUUCAGAAACAUUCAAAUCGAAAUCAAAUUAAAUGAAGAGGUAGAAGAGCUCUUGUAUAAGAUAAUAACGUUGAUCAUGCAAGUAAAAUCAGAUCUAAAGUGCGCACAAUCCAUUAUCAGCUGUAUUUUGCCAGAUGAAAACGGAAAUUUCUCAGAAAGGUCGUUCAAGAUGCUUUCAGUGGUCAACAACAUAUCCUCUAACUUCUCAGUUAACCCUAGUCCUCAGUAUUCGUGCUCAACACCCAAGCCUUCGUUAAAAUUAGAAACAAAUAGUUCAUUAUUUAAUAAUGGCUAUUGUUUUGCGUUUUGGUUGAAGGCCGAUGUAAAUUAUAUCCAGAACUCAUCGAAUAAGUAUGCAAUUUUCAAGGCUGUCGAUCAAAAUAAGAAUAAUAUCCAAUUAUAUCUUCACGGCCGCGAUAUUAUCCUUAGAUUUGAAAGUGAUAUGAUCACAUCCAGUAUUAUCACUAAAAAAGUGAAGCCUUCCAUUUGGAAUUUCUUUGUUGUUUGUGUUUCGACGAAUUCUAAGGAAAAUUACGAAGUUCUAUGCUCUGUGGACCACAAAAUGGAGAUAGAAAUAUCUUUCAGAGCAAUACAACUCGAAGGACUCGUAAAUAUCGAUUUUGGUUUCUCUGAAGUUUCUGAUAAAGAAAAAAGUGUCAUUUUAGGACCAUUUUCGUUUAUUCAAGACAGUUCUUAUGAGAAUUUCGAAUCAAUAACAGCCAAUGGUGUCGACAAGUGCAUUUACAGUAACAAAAACUGUAAAAUACACUCGGAAAGUUUAGAAUCUGAUAAUUCCGUCAUCGGAUUCUUCGAAAAGAUCGAUCCGUUGUCGAUAAUAGACAUAUUUAAAUACGCCAAGCAGGCUCCACCACACGUAAUCGAGCUUGCUUUGCUUCUUGCAGGGAAAAUGAAUAUUAUUCCGAUUAAUAUCGAACUCGAAACGAUAGAAGAUACCUGCAAUGAAGUGAAGCAGACAUUAGGUAUAGAAUUCGACGAAAAAGUCAAAAAAAUCGAGAUACAAAAAAGUUCUUUCCUUGCUUUCAUUUAUUUACUGUUUCAAGCCCAAAUUCCACUCCCCAGCUCUUACUUCAAUCCAUUUAUUACGGUCUACAACCGUUUGAAGUCGAAAGAAUUUCAAUAUAUCAUAUUCAACACAUUUCUAUGGGGAGAUCGCAACGAAAGAGUGUUCAGACGAAUCAUUGACAACUGGCCGAGGAUAGACUGUGAGAAACCUUUCACUUUAAUACUUCCUCAGCUUUUAUUGAACGAAAAUUGCUCAAAACCUGUAAUUUUCAGAGUUUUAGACAUGAUGAUCAAAUCGAAUAUAUCCAGAGAUGAGCGCGAUGCCAUUAUUGGCUGUGCAAUCGAAGAUCCUAAGAACGCAUCGAUUUAUUCUCAUUUUAUGAGGGUACAAAACGCCCAACCUUGUUCACAGAUGAGCUACUGCGUUCAAGACGAAGAAAGCUUCGUAGAGCUCUACAAGUUGGUCGAUGGAAUCAAUACCCCUGACGAAAGACUCAUAAAAUGUCAUUUAGCCGUGUCACUUUUUUCGAAAAUUUAUUCUGAGAUAAAUUUCGAAGAUUCGGACAUUGUUUCGAUCAGAUCUAUAGUCAGAGGUAUUCCUUUACGGAACAUUCCUGCUCCAGACACGAGUUCUGAAGGUUGGUUCAUUCUUCCGCUAUGUGCAGCAGUUGUAAGCGAUAAAGCGAGUGAUAAUGCGAUUAUUGCUGAGUUUCUGUGCUGCGGGUUGAACAAUUCGAAGAAUUUGAUGCAGGAAUUUUCGAAUAUUUUAUGUUUAUUCGAAGCUUUGUCGAUAAUGGGCUUCGAUACAUGGGGAGUCAAAUGCGCAACAAUAUCUAGAUUGUUCUUCGCAUUGAUGUCCUCAGAAAUACAGAUUUCUUCCUCUCAAUAUUUCGAAAUUGUAGAAAUGUCAUUGGUGUCACUUUUUUACAAAUUAUCGUCAUCUUUGUUAUCAAAGAAUUUACAAAUGAUGGUGAACUUGGAAAAAAGUGACAUCGUUGAUUCAUCAUUCAAAAUUUUUGAGACGAAGAAAGAGAAUGAGACAGAGAGUAUAUACCAAAAGAUGAUCAGUUCUAGUAUCCCUACAGAUCUCUCAUUCAAGUUUAGGAUAGAUGUUGAUCCUGAUGACUCAGAUUUGUUAUCUGCUCUAAACAACAUUGCCGCGUACUAUCACAUGUUCGUGCCGCAAAAACCAAAGGACCUGUUGAUCAAAGAUUUCAUUAUGAUGCAGAAUCAUCAACUUUCCAUCACUCCGAACUUUAAUUCUCUUUUUGACAGCGAAUCUCCGGAUAAAUUACAAGUCCACAUGAACAUAGAAUACAUACAGUCCCAGAUUAUCCUGAUAAAACUGAUGCUGGACACAACUAAAGUGUCUUGCAACAGACAGAUCGAAGCAUUGACAAAUGCAAAGGUGGAAUUCCUUUCUACAAUGACUACAAUGCUUGAAUGCGGAAAAACCUUUGUUAAGAGAUAUAUUAGAUUAUAA